GGGGAAGGCGGGCGGAGCGGGCGGGCGAGCGGGUCUGCGCGCCGCAGCCCGGCAGGGAUGCGGCAUGGCCGUGGGCUCCGUGAAGAUGCCGUCGCCGUGUGAGGGCGCGGAGCUGGCGCGCAGCUGGAGCCCCGGCGGCGGAGCCCACGAGCCGCCGCCGCCGGUGCAGCUGCGGCAGAAGCUGCGGGAGCUGCCGGCGCUGCUGAGGAGCGGGCUGACGCUGCGGAGGAAGAGCGCCGCCGCCGCCGGCCGGACCCUGUCCAGAAGAAUUUCAAAUCCCUAUUUGGAAACUCCUUCAAACAAGAUUUAUGGAGAAAGUUCUUCCUGUGCUGGGAGAGCUCUCAGGAAUAUUUUUACUCUACAAGCAUCUGACCUGAUUAAAGACAGGGUGUACCUUACUGGCAUUUGCAGGAGAAGCUGUGUUGGAUCCGAACUUGUAGAUUGGCUUUUGGAGCAGUGCCCUUUUGUUAAGUGCAGAUCUACAGCAGUUGGAGUGUGGCAGCUUCUCCUGGAUAUGGGCAUUAUAUUAUCAGUGGACAGACAACUCUAUUUUCAAGACAGUCAUGCUUUCUACCAGUUCUCAGCAGAUGAAUGCACCUAUCUUUUCUGUGAAUUUGAGAAAGCGGAAGGAUGGAAGAAUGGAGUAAAGCUCCUACUUCAGCUACUGCCCUUGUCUCCUCCCAGGAUUGACAUGUGUAAUCUGCCUGAUCAAAAAAUAGAAGAUACAGCAGAAACCAAUGCUGAAAUUCUUGCUCGUCUCACUUCUGCGGUACAGAGAGAACUGGCUGCUGUCAUUGCCUUAAAAGCAAGGAAGUCAGCAAUUCAUCAAAAUGAAGAGAACAGCAGUCAAGAAAUAAGAGGACUAGAAGAACUCAAGGAUACCUCUGAUGCUCAGGCAGGGGUUUUGUGCAAGCUUCAGGGAAGAGAUGACAUCGGACGGAUUGAGCUGGUCCAGAAGCUGGCAAGAGAGAACUGCCAGUUUUUGCAGGCGGAUAGAAAACCACCGGAGAAGGCAGAACACGCGGACGAUGGAGGCGGCGGCGAGCGGGCGCGGCAGGAGGCCGGCGCAGCGCUGGUGCUGCGGAAGGUGUGGUCACGCAGCCCGGCCCCCGAGCGGCGCGGGAGAUACGUGGUGGUGUCGGGGACGCCGGAGAAGAUUUUGGAGCAUCUCCUCAGCGACCUGCACCUGGAAGCCGCCCAGGACAAAGAGACGGAAACUCUCCUGGAUGACUUCCUUCUCACAUACACAGUCUUCAUGACCACUGAUGACUUGUGCCAGGCACUUCUGAGGCACUAUUGUGCUAAGAACCAGCAAGGGAAAGAGGAUGACUCUGAUGUGUCCUGUAGAAAACGAAAAGUCUUGCAUUUGGUGUCUCAGUGGACUUCUCUCUACAAAGACUGGUUACACGAAGAUGAGCAUUUGAAACAAUUUUUAAAGACGAUAUACAGGAAUGUGUUGGAUGAUGUGUAUGAAUAUCCCAUUCUUGAGAAGGACCUGAAAGAAUUUCAGAAGAUACUUGGGAUGCAUCGCCGUCACACUGUAGAUGAGUAUUCACCUCAUCGAAAGAAUAAAACCUUUUUCCACCAGUUCAGUGUAAAGGAGAACUGGCUGCAGCACAGAGGAACCAUGAAUGAAACAGAGGAAAUUUUCUGCCGAGUGUAUAUAACGGAGCACUCCUAUGUCAGUGUGAAAGCUCAAGUAUCCACUUCAGCUCAGGAGAUACUGAAGAUUGUAGCAGAAAAGAUCCAGCACCCGGAGGAGGAAUUGGCGCUGGUGACAGUCACGUUCUCUGGUGAAAAACAUGAACUACAACCAAAUGACUUGGCUAUCUCAAAAACUUUCGAGUCAUCCAGUCGUAUGUUUGUCUACCGAAAAGAUCUGGCUGAUUCUUUGAACCCAAUUGCUGAAAAUGAGGAGUUGCAGCAAAGGUCUGUGAGAAUUUUGGGAAUCAACACCUGGGAUCUUGCCUUAGAGCUAACAAACUUUGACUGGAGCCUCUUCAAUGCAAUUCAUGAGCAAGAGCUGAUAUACUUCACGUUCAGUAGACAGGGCAGCGCUGAAAACACCGAGAAUCUCAGUCUUCUGCUUCAAAGGUGCAACGAGGUCCAGCUUUGGGUUGCCACCGAGAUACUCCUCUGCAGCCAGCUCUGCAAACGUGUACAGCUAGUCAAAAAGUUCAUCAAGAUUGCUGCCCACUGUAAAGCCCAAAGAAAUCUGAAUUCAUUCUUUGCUAUUGUUAUGGGUCUCAACACUGCAUCUGUCAGCCGUCUGUCUCAGACCUGGGAGAAAAUUCCUGGGAAAUUCAAGAAACUUUUCACUGAACUUGAAAGUUUGACGGACCCUUCUCUGAAUCACAAAGCUUACAGAGAUGCAUUCAAGAAAAUGAAAUCUCCGAAAAUCCCCUUCAUGCCCUUACUUCUGAAAGAUGUAACAUUCAUCCAUGAAGGAAAUAAAACUUUUCUGGAUAACCUUGUUAAUUUUGAAAAGCUGCACAUGAUUGCGGAUACUGUUCGGUCAUUGAGACAUUGCAGAAAUAACCAGUUUGGCAAUGAAGUUCCUUCGAAAGAGCAUCAUGAGCUGAAGCCAUACAUCCAUCACCUGCAUGUCAUCGACAACCAGCAAGCUCUCUUUGAGCUUUCUCACAGGAUAGAGCCGCGAGUGUGAGCGUACACAGCUUCAUAUAACCUUGUAACUGCAGCACUUUGAAUUAAGUGAAUGUUUAUGCCAAGCAUGUUGCUUCCCUAUAUAAGAACAGUUUACUGAGUUUUAUCAGUAGCUCACACAACAUGCACAGGAAAAUCAGGCAAGAGCCAGCUGCUCGUAGAGUUGCAGGGCAAGCUUGGUGCCAUCCGCGCUGGUCACCGGGAUGGGAGGGCGUGGAGCAGCGUCCUUUGAGCUCAGGAGCUUGGUUUCUGUGAAAAUAUUGUUUGGUCCAGUGUAGCUUUCAAUGCAGAUUCUGCCAGUAUUAGAAUGAAAGGAAUCAUCGUGUCACAGCAGCAAAACAUUUCAGCAAGCAACAUGCCACAGAGGGAUUGAUUUUCAGUUCACCGCAGUACGUACCUCACUAAUUCAAGGCUGCCAAAGUAUCGUUGCCAAAAAUACUGUGCAAUCCAGCUCCCCUGAGCCCACUGGAGUAUCUCAUUUGAGAUAAGUGCGGACAAACAAGAAUGGAAAUAUAAAAAGACAGUGCACCAGAUGAAACUCAAGAGCACGUGGUGAUGCAGAGGUCAGCAGUAAACGUUUGUUCACGCCGGCAUGGCCCCUUAAGAAUCCGCUUUAUAAAUCACACUGUAAGAGCCAAUCCACUUUUGUUGCAAUUUAUGGACACAAUUGUUUGUACGCUGAAAAAAUGUUAUUUUCUUCCUUUCAGUUAUCUCAGAUUUAGCACCAGCUCCUGCAGUUAACGUGUUAUAAAUUAUGAUAGCAGGAGCUUUGCUUGGAUUACAGACUUCUUGGUGUCUAUUCAGAGGCAAUGCCUAGGUCCGCCUGCAUUCCUAACUCACCUCCUGGAAAUACUGUUUCAGCAGCUAAAACUUCGCCUAACUUGCACGCGCUUCUAGUUUUUAAAGAACAAAUGGGUACACCUUACAGGGUACCGGUGUAAUUACCUGCGUACACAGCAGGCUGUCGGCAUCAGCGUCCCUUUACUGCUUCUGUCUCUCUCACACCCCUCCCCUAGCCAAUUCUCCUGUAGCUAAAAGUACUACUGGGCAUGUACUGAGGCAGCACUUCUAAAGUCUUUUCUGUAGCUGACCUACAUCUAAGCAUCACCGUCACCGUGGCUCUGGUUUUCAGUGCUAAGAAGUUGCCCUGAAAUAAUCUAGUGAAUGCCACAGGCAGUGUUCGGUGUGCUGUGCAGUCUGGCAUGUGUUUGUACACUCACCGUAACGGUCCCUUUGCAGGGCAGGGAGGAUACAUUGCAUUGCUUGCCCAUCUCAACUGUACGUUUUCCACAUGAGGAAGACUUCCAAGAAAAUGCUCCUUUACUGAAAUGUGGGAAUACUGAAGUAGCAUGCUGUUCAUCAUUGUGUUAUCUCUGGUUUAAAGGGAUUUUUUAAAAAAGCAGCUUUAACAAGUAGUCUGUGGGGGAAUCUGUAGGAUGCAUUCGGUUUUCCCAUCUGUGAAAUAUUGUAUAGAUCUAUUAUUGUAAAGGAAACAGAUGUUUCAGAAAUGUAUUUGCUUGUACUUUGUUAUUAUCAAAUACUAUAUGAUUUUUUUUUUUUUUUUUU